GAGACGCUGAAGGCGGGGCUUGUGGGGCAGGAGGAAAGUGGGAGUGGCGAGCGUAAGGGCGCUCUGCACGCGCGCGACAUCGACGCGCAUUGGAUACAGAGGUCGCUAUCGAAGUUUUAUAAAGAUCCAAUAGUGGCACAGCAAAAAGUCAACGAAAUUCUGCAGAUUCUAAGGGAAGCGUCAGAUGAUCGCGAUUGUGAGAAUCAGUUGGUGUUGUUGUUGGGUUUUGAUCAGUUCGAGUUCAUUAAGGUGUUGCGACAGCACAGGCAAAUGAUUCUGUACUGCACGCUAUUGAAACAAGCACAAGAGGGAAAGGAACGAGAGCAAUUGGAGAAGGAGAUAUUAUCACGACCCGAAUUGCAUCAUAUACUGGCUGAGUUGCAGGAGACUGAGAGUGCGGACGUGGUGCAGUCGGAACGCGAGAAGCGCGCGCGUGCGCAGCAGCAGAGGCGCGCGGCUGAGGCGCAGGGCGCGGGCGACGAGACGACAUCGGCCGGGAAUUGGAUACAGUCGAGGAAGAGAUGUCAUCUGCCAGACGGGUCGUUCCGUAAACAACGAAAGAGUUACGAAGAGGUUCACGUGCCUGCAUUGAAACCGAAACCAUUUGACGAUGGGGAGAAAUUGGUACCAAUCGUGGAAUUGCCGAAGUACGCGCAACCGGCAUUUGAGGGUUAUAAGACUCUGAAUAGAAUACAGUCGAAAUUAUGCGAUGCAGCAUUGAAGACUGACGAGCAUUUGCUGUUGUGUGCGCCGACGGGAGCAGGCAAGACGAACGUGGCGUUGCUGUGUAUAUUGAGAGAGAUCUCGAAGCACAUGUCGGACGACGGCAAGGUUCGGGCGGAUGAGUUUAAGUGUAUUUAUAUAGCGCCGAUGAAGAGUCUCGUGCAGGAGAUGGUCGGCAACUUCACUAAGAGACUCGCGCCUUAUAAUAUUAAUGUAGGUGAGAUGACCGGAGACACGCAAAUGAAUAAAGAGCAGUUUAUGCAGACGCAGGUGAUCGUGUGUACACCUGAGAAGUAUGAUAUUGUGACGAGAAAGGGCGGUGAGCGGGCCUAUAAUGAGCUGGUUGGAUUGUUGAUAAUCGACGAGAUUCAUCUGCUUCACGACAACAGAGGACCGGUUCUGGAGGCGAUAGUAGUGAGAACACUACGGCAAAUGGAGCAAAAUCACGAGGAGUGUAGACUGGUGGGGCUGUCGGCAACACUGCCGAAUUAUCAGGACGUGGGCACGUUCCUGAGGGUGAAACCGAAGAAUUUGUUUCAUUUCGAUAACAGCUACAGACCGGUGCCGUUGGAACAGCAGUAUAUCGGUAUAACGGAGAAGAAGGCCCUGAAGAGAUUCCAAGCGAUGAACGAGGUGGUAUAUGAUAAGGUGAUGGAGCAUGCGGGCAAGAGUCAGGUGUUGAUAUUCGUCCAUUCGCGAAAGGAGACGGCCAAGACAGCGAAGGCGAUUCGAGAUGCGUGUUUGGAGAAGGAUACAUUGAGUGCGUUCAUGAGGGAGGGGAGUGCCAGUACUGAGAUUUUGAGGAGUGAGGCUUCGCAGGUAGCGAAUGCGGAUUUAAGAGAUCUGAUACCGUACGGAUUCGCGAUCCAUCAUGCAGGAAUGACGAGGGUGGAUAGGACACUGGUAGAGGACUUAUUUGCCGAUAGACAUCUGCAGGUGUUGGUAUCGACGGCCACACUGGCCUGGGGAGUGAAUCUGCCGGCACAUACGGUGAUAAUUAAAGGGACGCAGAUUUAUAGUCCUGAAUUGGGGAGAUGGACGGAGCUGGGGGCAUUGGACGUGAUGCAGAUGUUGGGUCGGGCAGGUCGUCCGCAGUACGAUUCAAAAGGAAAAGGAAUUAUGAUAACACAUCAUUCGGAGUUACAGUAUUAUCUGUCGUUGAUGAAUCAGCAGUUACCAAUCGAGAGUCAGAUGAUCUCGAAACUGGCUGAUAUGCUGAAUGCAGAGAUAGUGCUGGGCACGAUAAAUAACGUGUCGGAUGCGAUGAACUGGAUGGGGUAUACGUAUCUGUAUGUGAGGAUGAUUAAGGCACCGGGGUUGUAUGGGAUAUCGGGGGAUAUGGUG